AUGAAUCUGCGGCUCUGCGUGCAGGCGCUCCUGCUGCUCUGGCUUUGCCUGAACGCGGUGUGCGGAGGACCCCUGCUGCAGACAUCUGACGGGAAGGAGAUGGAAGAAGGCACCAUCCGCUACCUGGUGCAGCCCAGGGGGGCGAGGAGCGGCCCAGGGCCCUGGCAGGGAGGUCGGAGGAAGUUCCGGCGCCAGCGGCCACGCCUCUCCCACAAGGGCCCCAUGCCUUUCUGAAGCAGGACCGAAGGGGCCACCACACGCCCACCCCCUGCGAUUUCUCUCUGCUCCUCCAUAGAUCGGCCUGCUUCUCUGGAGCCCUCACAGCCAUUCGCCUCACCUGGCCCCUCUUCUAGCUGCUCACCGGCUGGCUCUCCUCCCCUACCUGCCUUCCCAUCAAGGAUCCAUUCAGCCCCUGAUUCCUGACUUGGGAGACCUCGCACUGGAAUGCCAGCCUUCCCCCUGCUCUAAGCCCUACCUCUCCUGUCUGAUACCCUAAUGCCUAACCCUUCUCUGGCCUUUCCUGCCUCAGGUAUGCCAUGCGGGCUGGGUGGAACCCUCCCUUCUUCAACUAGGGCAUCAGCCUUCCCCUGGCUGCCAGAGGGGCACAGGGAGCCAAGCAAUGAGAGACUCUAGUGAGAGGGGAGAGGGAUGGGGUGUUGGCAGGCAGACAGGGUGCCUUGAGGGGCAUGGGAAUGGGGGCUUGGCGCUCUGGUGAAGGAGGAGGUGAAGCACCAGAGAAGAGAGGAAUAGCUACUGUGGUGUCUUCCUCCUCCUUGAAUUUGGCCCAGUUAUGGAAAGAGGUGGAGAGGGGCCAUGCUGUACUGGGUUGGCCAAGAAGUUCGUUUGGGCUUUCCAUAAAGCUGUUAUGGAUACUUUGUCACUUCUCUCACCACCUUGCUGCGCUGCCUGACCGUCCCUCUGCCCCUACCCCAGCUAGUUUCAGCUCCAGCUUUGGAGGGGGGGAGAUGGGCCUGAGGCGGCUCUGUACCCUCCCAGGAACGAAAGCCAAGCAGGACACUUGGUUUUGCCAAGAAUCACAGACUAUCAGAGCCAAAAGGCACCUUGGAGAUCACUUGGCUCCACCUCCUUAUGCAAACUCCUGCAAAAAGCAGAGGCCUGGAGGGGGAUGGUGACCUGCUCAGUGUCACCAGAGCCAGAAUGAGGGCUCAGGUCUCCCGCUCCCACGUGAGGACGCCCUCUUCCUUCUUGAUGAGGCUUUCCGAAGCCAUGAAGUGCCUUUCUCCCGGGUUUGGGGCUCAGGGUGCCUAGGAAGGGAGAGGGAACUGGCUGUGAGCUGCCCCGUGGUGGGAUGGAGCGGUCCCAGCCUCCCUGGCCUCGGGUCCAUUCCCCAACCUGGCCUGGAAAGUUCUAUGACUGGCCAGCCACUCCCAUUCCUGUGACACUCGCAGACCCCAGGUAUUUUCAUAGCGGCAGCUCAGGCACCGAGACUCCCAGGAGCCAGGAGAUGGCCUUAACCAACUGGACUCAAUAGCCUUCCCUUCAUGUUGACAGGACUUUCUCUUCCAGUGGCCUUUCCUUGGGGAGGGGGGAGACAGCAAGGAGAGAGGAAAGAUGGGAGGAAGUGUGGAUCUCAGCAGGCUUUCUUCUGAGAGGCCUGGGAAGGAGAAAAGGGAAGACAGGAGCCUGAUGGCCACCCAUGUAUGUGUGGGAGCAGGGGGAGUCAGGGCCCCCCGAGUCCCACAACAAAUCCCUUUCGCCUAUACCUGAACCCUUCCCCUUCCCUCCACUGCUGCUAACGCUACUGCUGUUGCUGCUUCAAGGCCCACCCUGGGGAACCAGGCUGGGCACCCGCUGACCCCCCAAUGCCUCUCAGCCUGGAGUUGGGGCUGACCAGUGUCCAGAAAGCCUCUUCUGUCAUGGACACCCCCACCAGGGACUGGGCUGUUUUCCCCUCUUCCUCUCUGCUUCUCCUGUCGCAUCAGUUGCCCAGCCCUGUGGGGAACGAGAUGGAAAGGAAUGGCUGGGAAAGUCUGGGGACACGAGCAGUGGGGGUGCUGAGGGGCUGUCUUAUUUAAAGUGGUUGUGUGUGAUUCUUAGACUAAUUUAUACAAAGUUAUUAAGGCCCUUUUCAUUAAGAAAGCAUCCCCUUUCCCUAGUUGUGUUCACUGUGUUUGUAAAGAUUGUUCAGUGUAAAUAUGUCUUUAUAAUAAAGAAUGAAAAGCUGACAAUUCGCCCUUACUCUUGGAGGUCACGUUCAGGAGGGGCACACCUCUCCCCUGAGGUCCCCAUUCCCCCCCAGCCCCUGCCCCGCAAUGCCCAUGAACUUCACGCACAGGGAAGAAAGUGCCUGCCUCCUAUAUCAGUUCCAGGUCUGAUGGCUUCUAACUAAAUUGCCCAAAACUCACAAAAAGAAUCGCGAUGCUUAAUGACCAGUUCAUAUAACAUGCAGUCCAGUUUUAAGUGUGUUGGCAUCUGUUUGAGUGUCCUAAUUGUUAUGUGCAGUGUCCUUUAAGGGACUUUUAAAAAUUUAUUUAAGAACAUUCUGAUUAAAGGUGGGAUUUCUACUAAAAAUUGUUUUAUAUCCUUGGUGCGUGCCUUCUUCUAUUUUUAUCUACUUUUGAACACUCCUGGGACUUUUUAGCCAGUUUGCCUUUCUUGAGAAAUGUUCUGUU